AUCGCUGUUUUGCUCAUUCUCUCGAUUACUCAUCUUGUGUUUGAGACCUGCUUCGAUUUGGAAGGGGGAAGAUUUGCUUGAUUCCACCGUGCUAGAGAAGAAUCAUCUCGCUCGAUUACUCUAGAGUCGAAGAAUAUAGGCUAAUCACGCUACUUGAUCACUGAUUUAUGAUCGAUAUUCGAUUCUCUGCUGUAAUUCAGAGCUAGAAACCAGAAGAUGAAGAAGGACAAAUCUGUGUUAAUAGCAAGCCCUAGCGGAAGUACCGAAGCAAAAUCAUCUUCUUCCAACAAAGUAUUCUUUCCAGAAGAAGAAGAAUCGGAGAAGCAACAAACUAGUAAUGACUUCCCUUUGCCGGCAGGCACUCGUAAUGGUUCAUCCAAAUACGAUUUCGUUAAGGUGAAAGUAUGGUUGGGUGAUAAUGCUGAUCACUACUAUGUGCUCUCUAGAUUUUUGCUUAGCAGAAUGUUGACUGUUACUAAGAUCCCUAAUCAUGUGGCCCUAAAAAUUGCUCUUGAACUCAAGAAGCUGCUAAUAGAUAAUAGCCUUCUGGAUGUCUCUCAGUCUGAUUUGGAAGCUAAUUUAUUUAAGCUCAUGGAACGGCGGGGCUAUGGGCAAGAGUAUAUAAAUCGUUACAAGAUGAUGACAAGAUUUCACCAUCAAAGAGUACCAUUGGUUAUUCUUGUAUGUGGCACAGCGUGUGUUGGGAAGUCUACAAUUGCUACUCAACUUGCUCAAAGGCUAAACUUGCCAAAUGUUUUGCAGACGGAUAUGGUUUAUGAAUUGCUAAGGACGUCGACAGAUGCACCUUUGACAUCUUCACCUAUUUGGGCACGAGACUUCAACUCCUCAGAGGAGCUAAUUACUGAAUUUUGCAGAGAAUGCAGAAUUGUUCGGAAAGGUUUGGCUGGUGAUUUGAAGAAAGCAAUGAAAGAUGGAAAGCCGAUCAUUAUUGAGGGGAUGCAUGUGGAUCCUAGUAUAUACCUAAUGGAUGAAGAGAACAAAUCACCACAUAAUGUGCCAGUGAAAGCAGAACAGUCAAAUUCUUCAAAAAUGGAUGAGAAAGACAUAAAACGUAUGCAAAAUAAUGCUUCUGCUCUUCGCCCUCAUGAUGAGAAUAUCCCACAGAGUGUUGAGAAUUCCAAGACAGAAGCAAAUGUUGCAGAAGAGUCAGAUAAAAUUUCAGAUCGCCUCAAGUCUGUUCAUCUUGUUGACCAUACUGCUGCUAGUGACAAAACGAAAGAUGAGGCAGCAGAUAGGAAUCCUAUUCUAAGAAGAGAAAAAUCUGGGGUAACUGAACCAGUAAUAAUUCCGAUAGUCCUAAAAAUGGCAGAAUUCGACCAUAAGGCAUUACUAGAGGAGUGGAUAUCUAGUCGAAAAUUCAGUGAUAAAUAUCCAAUCCAGGAAAAAGAUAAAUUGAUUAGCAACUUGAAAACCAUUCAAGACUAUCUGUGCUCAUUCAAGUCACAGGGAUUGACAGUUGCUAAUAUAUCUGCUACAACAUUCCCACAAACACUUGAUUGGCUGCACAAUCAUCUUCUUCAGGUACUUCAGUCUUGGCUGGUCCAUCUUCCCAUUCCCAUACUUUCUUUUGCCUACCCCCAACUAGUUUGAGGAGGUUGUUUUUGUGGGGUUGAUUUAUUCCUAUAAAAUGCUGUUGUAUGCUCACUUAGCAUUGGCGAUAUUGAUCUGUAAGGGUGAGUUUGGUAUGAGGACGUGACUGGAUAUGACCAGUACGCAAACUUGUUGUCCCAUGUUUGCCAGACCCAAGUCGCCAAAAUAGGUGGAACAAAAAUCUGGGAGAUGAGAAAAGAUUGGUAAAUUAGUAAACUACCUAUGUCAAAUUAAAACCCAAAAGACCUUCCACAAUUCGUUCAGCACCUACCUCACUCAUGCCAGCUUUCCCAACCUGUCGGGUCCCGUCUGCUUAGCAAAUGCGCCCUAAAUGCUCAUAUGGUUUAACAAAAAGAGCUUAAUUCCUUCGCAAUUGAAAGUCGAAUCAAUGCUAAAGUCAAUAUCUUGAAAUUGUUAAGCGGCAUGCAGGUCAACUAGAAUUGGUGAUAUUGUUUACCUUGUUUUGGGUUUCUUCAUUCCCAUCAAAGUUAAUACUAGGAUGUUUUUCGUCUCUCCCUCUGAUUGAUCCCUGAACUUUACGGUU